GCAGCGAUUGUCCCUGUGGAUCCUACGAGUGCAUGUAUCGCCCCUAUUCAGUCAGGCGGGAUUCUCGAUGGGAAGAAGACGAUCAUUACCGUCCACAGUCUCUUUAUCGUCGGUUCCCCCGUUUACGGAUUCUCACUUUGCAGCCAAUCGAUUAUUUAUCUCUACACUUUUUAGAACCUAUGAAAGGUGUAAAAGCGCUCUCUAUCAUUGUUUGGAGUGGAUCACACCGAUAUUCAGACGAAUUUUUGCGCAAUGCGUCUCAGCUGACACACCUAGAUAUAAAGCAGUUGAGCCCAUUGUCUAGCUGGUCAGUCAAAGCAUUUACGCUCCCACAACUGCAGUAUCUGAGCGUAAACCUUUGCAUCGAUCCUCUGGAGAACAACGAGGGAAUACCACUAGAGGGAUGGACCUUUCCAAGUUUGCGGACGCUUGAAGUGGACGUUGCAGUUGCAGGCGUGCUUCCGUUGAUGGGUAUUUUGGACCGGCACGGGCCCCAGACGGGAUAUGGGAUCGCGUGCAUCCCAAGCUGA